UAUAGCUGUAAGGAAAUGCUACCAGCAUGUAAGUACACACAACAACACACUUGAUACCGUGAUUAAUAAAGAAAAGAAAAGUACAAACGUAAAACCAAUCUGGCUUUAAUCUCUUUGCGUACAACGUAUAAGCAGUACUGAAUUACGAAAACUCGUCAUAGGGCAUCUGUCUUCAAUGUUUACAUUGCUUGAAAAAAAAAACACGUUUUAAAAAAUAUGACGUACUUCCGGUUUUGCAUAUUUUUAAAAUAACAUUUAGGGCCGUUUUUUAUAAUGCACCGACAAAAUUUCGUUUGUUUUAUAAUAAUGGGAAAAUUACCAUUAAUUUUUUUAAAGGUUUUUUAAAAUAUGAAACCAUAGAUACUCUAAGAUGAAACAACCAUCUGAAUGAUUGGUGACGCGAAAGAAUCCCCUUUUUCCGUGAAUCAGAAUGACGUCAAAAAAAGAAACUAAUAAUAAUUAUUAUUUCAUCAAGGGCAUCGGAGGUUACGCACUUGCUGUGGUGGUGGUAGUAAUCAUUAUAAUCACGUUAAUAUAUGAGCGUUCUGUUGGUUUGUUUGUGUGUCCAGUUCUAAGAGGUGAAAAAAACUCUGUUGCAUCUGACCCGAUUGCACUUGAUCUCAUCGGCGGCAAUGACUUACCGGUAGUACCGCCCACAACAACAACAACAACAACAAAAACAACAACAAAAACAACAAAAACAACAAUUUCACAUUCUCAACCAAUAAUAACAAAUUUAAUUGAAAGUUCAACAAAACUGCCAGAAGAUACUUAUAGUGAUAAAUAUAUCACAAAAGCACCUCCCAGAAAUGCAACAUUACUGCUAAUCAUUCUGCUGCGAUUACAUUUUAAUAACAGUCUUCCUUACGUAUCGAAAACUGACCCAAAAGGAAUAAAUUUUAUGAAAACAACCAUUAUUCUACGCAAUACGUUUCAAAUUUUCUUGCACAAGUCGGAUUUACUGGUAUACAACACAUCUCAGUGCGUUUGACUUUCUAUGAUUCUGACAAUUGGAUAAACUCGGUGAUGGUUCUAGUUUACGCAGAUUGGAUACCAAAUAUGAGAAUCCUUCAGCAUUACAAUAUUGGUCACGGUAGUGGAUCAAACUAUGGUUUUAAUUUUUUUCCUGAUUGUGAAACAAACAUGCUGUCGUAUUACUUCCUGAAAAUGACAAAUUAUAAGGGAUACCUGAGCACAAUUAAAUACCCUGGAGAUCUGUUGAGCUUGCGCUGGACAACCAAAACUACGAACGACUUGAUUGAAAACUUGCACCCAUAUCUCAAGCUGUGUGUAAAUUCACAGAAGUUCCAACUGUGGAAACCGUUUGACUGUUUGCGCUAUUAUACUUCUGCAUGGUACUGGAUUUGCGAUGGAGUAAACAGGACAUAUGAACUACAUCGUUGAACAAAAGAAAUUAUUAUUUGAGAUGGAAUUACUUUAAACAAACAUUUGAAAUAUCUGAAUACACGAAGCGCAUGUUUAAAUAUACUAACUUUUUCAUAUUUGCAGAAAGCUAUAUUACAUAAUGUUUAUUACAUGAAUAAUGGUACAUACAACAUUUAUCGCCAUACAAUAAAUGGUAGCAGUGACCUACUUGUAGAAAGCAUGCAAGACCUCUGGAUCACACAUGAAAAUUCUGUAACAAUUUGCAAACAAGGAAUCUAGUAAAAUAAACAUAUUUGCCGUUUAGUGAAGCUGAAUCGCCCAUGAAGCUAAAGUGUUCUAAAAGUGGCACCAAGUUAUUUACACUGCUUUCAAUUUUAAAUGGAAUCCAAACGCAAAAUACCUGAAAAUACAGACAAAGGACAUAUUGAACUGUGCGAACAACUUCCUCUAUAUUGUUGAUAUAGAAUUAACAUACAAAUUCUAAAAUAUUUUUCAAGACCUUUGUGGGAUUUACAUAAUACAAUAUGCAGUGUGUAAAAGCUUCAUAAGGAGCGGGUAACGAUUAAACAUUAUGAUGAUGAUAUAAGUGUACCAAAUUAAUUUUGAGCGAGCAACUUAUACAUUUCUACCAAUGAAUCAUGUUGUUUGUAGAAGAAUCUGUUACCAAAGGAAAGUUAAUAUACAAGAAAACUCUACAGGAGGGAUGUAUUUACACUUGAAUACAUAUUUGGUCGGAGGAACUAAUUUUAAAAUUAACAGAAUGAUAUUCCAGCACUUGUUUAUAGAUGGUGACUGAAUAAAGAGCAACUACAUUAAGUUUGGAAACCAAUAAGCGCCAACUUAGCAUUUAAGCAAACUUGGUCAAAUAUAAAUUAACUUAAAUAAAGUUUGCAUUACUUUAAAACAAUCUGU